UGAGAUUAAGCAGGUGUUUCCUAACGUGGGGUCAAGCAAGGUGUCUAACGUUGUGAGGUCGAGCUGAUAGGAUAGGCAAAGAAGAUAAUUUACAUGCUCCCCUCUUCUAGCUACUUGAAUCUUGAUAAAUAAACAAACAAUUCAGGAAACCAUCAACAAUGGCAUUCCUCACUCACUUCCCCUUUCACCCAAUCCACCAUCACUCAUCAUCCCUCUUCACCAGACUCCUCUUCUCUUCAAAACCCAAAACCCUCUUAAUCAUCUCUGCACUUUCUUCACCCCAAACAUCACUAUCCCACUUCUCCACAACAUCUUCUUUAGAAACCCUUCAAGAUAUCUCAAUUACAGAACAAACCCACUUGCAGAUUGCACAAGAAAAGCUUUUUAUCCCUCCGGACACUGAAAUAUGUUCGGAAAAGGGUCCAAGAAUCUUGAAAGGUUCGAACAUUGUGUUGAGUAAGUAUGCUAGAGAUGCUCAGGUGGUUUCAGCAGAGUUUGUGAAGAGUAGUGUUGAAACGGAGGCUUGUCCGGCUGAUGGGUUGCCCGAGUUUGCGCUUGUGGGCCGGUCGAAUGUUGGGAAGUCUUCGUUGUUGAAUUCUAUUGUGAAGAGGAAGAAGCUUGCGAUGACGUCGAAGAAGCCAGGAAAGACGCAAUGCAUCAACCACUUCCGAAUUAACGACAGUUGGUACUUAGUGGAUUUGCCUGGAUAUGGAUAUGCCUCAGCACCGAAUGAACUUAGAAAAGACUGGAACAAGUUCACCAGAGACUAUUUUCUAAACCGGUCAACGUUGGUCUCGGUCUUCCUUCUCAUUGAUGCUAGCAUUCCUGCCAAAAAGAUUGACCUUGAAUAUGCAAGUUGGUUGGGUCAGAACCAGGUACCGAUGACGAUAAUAUUUACAAAAUGUGAUAAGCGUAAAAAGAAAAAGAAUGGCGGAAAGCAUCCGGAAGAAAAUGUGCAAGACUUUCAAGAUUUAAUCAGUGAAUACUUUGAAGCGGUACCGCCAUGGAUUAUGACAAGUAGCGUUACCAAUCAAGGCCGGGAUGAAAUAUUAUUGCACAUGGCACAGCUUCGAAACUACUGGCUCAAACAUUAAGCUCCUGGGCUCGCCUUUUUUUACUGUUUAGGUUUCUUGGGUUCAUCGAGAGUUUGGAUCCUGUACUAAGACACGGGGUUAUGAAUACAACUUGUUUUCUUUUUAUUUUGGUUGAAUAUGUUCAGUUUAUUUGUUUUAAUAUAGUUGUUUGAUUUGAUUGUA